AUGGUGCCAGUAAUUUAUUUCUAUCGCAACGGCGAGAAGUUGCCGCAGUCCGAGCUGCUCUCAGGCGCUGCUGGCGCUUUGGUGCUCAACUCUGUGAGCGCCAAGGAUGCGGGCAAUUAUACGUGCGCGGCCACAAAUGUGAUUACGGGCGAGGAGUUGCGUCUGCCGCAGGUGAUUGAUUUGCGUGUCGAUUACACGGAUCGUACACCGCCGUAUUUCCUGCUCCAACAGCCGGCCACACAGCUUGCCGCUCGUCCCGGCGAGACCGUUGUGCUCGAGUGUCCGGGCGUUGGUUCGCCGCGUCCCAGCGCCGUGUGGAGCAGCCCCAAUGUGCCCAACAUCUAUCACAAUCGAUCGCGUGUGCUUGCCUAUGGACUCCAAAUCACCGAUGUCCAGCCCCAAGAUCAGGGCUCGUAUGUGUGCCGCCUGGACAAUGGAAUUGCACCGGUGCUGGUUCACAUGAUCAAGCUGAGCGUGCUGGAGCGUCCGCGCAUUCUGCGUGGCCCCAACUCGACGCUGACCAACGAGGGUGAUGCUCUCACACUUGAGUGCGAUGCCAUCGGACAUCCCCAGCCGCACAUCUAUUGGCUGUUCAACGGCGAGGAUGCCAGCUUGGAUAACGAGACGAACAUCGAGCUCAAUCGCCUUGUCAUCCAUCAUGUGCAAAAGUGGCACGCGGGCGUCGUUCAAUGUUUUGCCCGCAAUCAGUUGGGCGAGGUGAGUGACAAGUUCCUUAAUGAUGUGGCUUAAGUCUAGGAUACCUAGACUUUGGGUUUAUCUUUAUUGAGGUAGUGAAUAUCUAAAGUACAGUUAAGCUUUUGGUUUGGUAUUUUAAUCUGUAAUCUGUAUUUAGCUCGAAAUAAAAUAUGAAUAUGCUAAAUUACAUUUUAUGUGCUGGGUUGUCCUUGCAAAUUUUCCUCCUGCUCCUCUAGUAUGCGUAUCUUUAAUCGUAGCUCCCUCAUUCUGAGUAUAUGCUCCUGACGCAUAUUUUGAUUAGCUAGCUUUGUGUUCAAAGCCUCAAGCCUCUUGGCCUCUGCGGCCUCACGCAUAUUUUGAUUAGCUAGCUUUAUGCUCAAAAUCUCAAGCCUCUUGGCCUCUGCGGCCAGCUCUUGCUUUUACAUUUGAAUUCUGCCGUUUUCAUCCGAAAGUAACUUCUGCGCUCAUCAUAAUGUGAGUUUUGACCGCCGCCCGUCGUCCCACCUCCUCCCUCACCUUGAACAUCUCUUGGCAUUGUGGCUGUGGCCUGCGGCACUUGCACACCCGAGAUAGACGUCGUGAAUGUCAAUACCC